AUGCCUGAAUGGAGUGUUGAGACGAGUUCAUUGCGACUAAGUAGGUGGGAGGAUGAUACCUUCGCUACCUGCAACGUUGUCGCUUUGGAUACUAAAACAGAAAGAGAUGUAACUAUCAAAGGCAAAAGUGGUAGAGCAGAUAGCAACGAAGUUGCUGAUGUUGUUUCCAGGGUUGAACUUGGCGAUGACGGGCUUGCUAUAUCAUUAAAAGGCUGCCGAGAUGCAAGAAAUAGAAAAUUUCAUCUGCAGUCGUUCCAGUGCUACAGUUGCUGCGCCCAAAAGCUGCGCAUCAGUGAGAUCCGGAAGACGACCCAGGCACUAACACGGCUGGCAUCUUGCUCCUGGAAAAAGUACUGGAUCCCAGACCCGGGGUUCGAGCUAGCCACGACAUGUGACACCUCCCAAAGCAGGUUAGAGAAUAUUCAUAUGCAAGACAGUGUGCUCCGGGAACGGACUUCCGUGUCUUUAGUUGAUGCCUCUGGCUGCAUGUGCAUGUGCAUCGUCAACUCUGCGUCUACACCUAACUCUGGAAAGCUACGUAGGUAG